CCCAACUUUUGUGUGUUAGAAUGUGCAUUAUUGAUGUCAAAGGAACUGAGUUUAUUGUGGAGCUAGUCCGCCAUCUUGUGGCAGCUCCUUGCGCCGCAGCGUCCGUCUGUUUGAUGUUUUUUCGUCUCUCUGUUGUCCCUCAUAACUCACCAACUUGCGCCUUUAAAAUACCUGCCGCGUGUUGGACGGAGUUCAGCUUUACUUUUCAUCCGUUCAGAUUUUAAAAGGGUUCAGUCGCCGUGUGUAACCUGACACUGGGGGCAGGACUACCUUUCUGCAGCCCAACCCUUCUCCAAAGGGUUGUCCUGGCUGUCGACUACAUUUCUCAUUCGGGUGGGGCAGGUUUUCUUAUUUACCGUCUGAUUCUUCGCGGUGUGAAAAGACUCACAGGACACCAGCAGACGCAGCUCGAACGGACUCCCGGUUUAUUUCAUUUAAUUUCUUUUCCCCGUCCUUCUUCGUACACCUUUUGAUCAAAAAUGUUCCGCUGUGGGCUCGCCUACCCACGGUGCAGGUGGGUCAUGCCCCUGCUGCUGCUUUUCGCCAUAAUUUUUGACAUUAUUGCCAUCGCGGCCCAGUCCGGGUGGAUCGAGGACCGGGAGAAUACUCACUACUCCAGCAUGUGGAAAGACUGCCGAUGGCUGGGUGAAGAGUCGGACUGCUCGAGCCUCAUGGACCAGAGUUGGGCUCGUGCCGUGGCAGCUCUGAUGAUUGUUGGCCUCAUCAUCCUUGUCCUUGCUUUCAUCAUCUGCGCCGUUAGCAUGUGUACUGAACCUUCUUCGGGCCCUCUCAUUGCCAGUGGAGUUCUGCUUUUUAUUGUUGCGCUCCUCCAGUUCAUCGGUCUGAUCAUCUACCCCGUCAAUUUCAACGACAGGAUCUUCGAGGGCGAAUACGAAUACACUUGGGCCUACGGGUUCGGGUGGGGCGCCACCAUCAUCUGCUUGGGCUGCAGUUUCAUCUUCUGCUGCAUUUCUUCUUGCAUACCAAAGAUAAACGGAGAUGAGAAGAUCGAUUACUGUAUCACUCGUUAGUAGCGACAGAAUCUCCCGACCCCCCCCCCAGUCACAGUAGUUCCCCCCACCCCCACUUCUCUCUGUCACUGAAAACUAAAAUUUUGUUCGACACUGGAAGCAUUCCUCCCCUACCAUCCCUGAACAAAGUGGACUGUAACUGGGGACCACCCUAACUUUAAUGCACACAGAUCCUGAUUUUAGAUUUUUUUUCAGCAUCUCAACCCCCUCCCCCCCCCUUUUUUUUUUUUUUUUUUUUUUUUUUUUUUUUUUAACAAAGCUAGACACUUUCCAUAUUUUUUCCUCAGAAUUUCGCACACGGCAAUUCUCAAAGCAAUAACACCCAAGUGCAUUUAUCUUUAAAAGAGUUAGUUUUGUAUAAACCACAAGCAAUCCAGAAUUAUUUUUUUUGCACAGGAUAAAUGAAUGUUUAUCACCCUACAUUGUACCGUGUAAUUUGACAAAUAUUGGGUCUCCAUAGUGUCAUUAACUCUGCAAGUUUAGCCUGGCAGACAAAGGAUAGGAAGGCCUGAAGAGGCUGAAUGUAAUCUGUACCAUCAGAAACGUACAUGUUGGUUAAAAAGUUUUUUUUAAAUAAACCUACAGUCUGUCUCUUUGUUUUGCUGCGUUUAUGUGGUAAAGGCAAGAAAUGCUGUGCUGCGUUUGAAUGCAAUUGACUUGUCUUGAUGCUGUAGUAGAAUUAGAGAUGUUCUGAAUUCACAUUGGUGCACAUGUUUUAGUUAAACUGUCACAGAAAUACUCCAGAUCCCUCAUUGUUUUUUGUUAUUACAUCAAUUAAUUAUAUUUAAGGACUACAAGAAACAAAACCAAAAUUAAAAAAAAAAAAAAACAUCUUAACACCCUGAAACAUAUUACAAGAUCCACACUGCCAUUGUUCAAUAAGGAUGUUAGUACUGGUUAAAAGGGAACAAUAUGCAUUUAGAUUAUUUUGUUUUUAAUGUUAUAUUCAUGUCAGUUACAUAUGAUCUUUAUGUUUUUUUGUUUUUUUUUCCCCUGAAUUUUAAGAAUGCCAUAGAGGCGUUGCUGGUUUGGUGAUAAAACACUGACCAAAGUUUCCAACACUAUGACUCACUGUGUGAAAAGAAACUGUGCCUUUGUGUUUUCUCUGUGGUUAAUCCUUGAGCGUUUCAUUCUAGUGGCAGAGCUGGUUUUUACUCACGCUGUCUGCUUCGUGCCAGCACCAAUCUGCUCAGACAUGAUCAGGCCUCUUUGUUAGAUUUAUAUCCUGAAUUUCUGACGAACUCUGCCGUUGGGUGAGUCGGUACUUCAACUGAUGCUUUGUCUCUCCAGCCUGGAGCUGCUUAGCUUCAUGUAUUUUAUUAUUUUGGUAGAAGUUUUAACCAUUAAUGGGCAUAAGUGUUUGUGUUCAGUGUGGGUUUUUCACUGUAAGUCAUCAGUGCUUUACUGUAUUAAAAAGAAAUCUAAUAUUUUUCUUUCUGUACUCUGAGGUAUUUUUGGUAAGUUGUGUAUUUUUCAGCAAUAAAGAGUUUUUAUGUAGAAGAA